ACCGCGGCUAAAACCAAUGGAACAAAACAAGAAGCCAUCGGCACCAAGACCAGGUAGCCGCAGCGAGAGGAGAGCGCGAGCAGAGCAAGCAACCAAGCAGCAGCAGCGAUGGCCGCCGCAGCCACGACAUCCUCCCACCUGCUCCUGCUCUCCCGCCAGCAGGCGGCGGCCUCGCUCCAAUGCGGCCUCUCCUUCCGGAGGCAGCCCGGCAGGCUCGCCGGUGGGUCGUCGGCCCCGAGCGUGCGGUGCAUGGCGGCCGUCGACACGGCCUCGGCGCCCGCCGCGACGGAGGCUAGCAAGAAGAGCAGCUACGAGAUCACCACGCUGACGACGUGGCUGCUGAAGCAGGAGCAGGCCGGGACCAUCGACGGCGAGAUGACCAUCGUGCUGGCCAGCAUCUCCACGGCGUGCAAGCAGAUCGCCUCGCUGGUGCAGCGCGCGCCCAUCUCCAACCUCACCGGCGUCCAGGGCGCCGUCAACGUGCAGGGCGAGGACCAGAAAAAACUCGACGUCGUCUCCAACGAGGUGUUCUCCAACUGCCUCAAAUCGAGCGGGCGCACCGGCGUGAUCGCGUCGGAGGAGGAGGACGUGCCGGUGGCCGUGGAGGAGAGCUACUCGGGCAACUACAUCGUGGUGUUCGACCCGCUCGACGGCUCCUCCAACAUCGACGCCGCCGUCUCCACCGGCUCCAUCUUCGGCAUCUACAGCCCCAACGACGAGUGCCUAGCCGACAUCGCCGACGACCAAAAUCUUGACCAGGUGGAGCAGAGGUGCAUCGUGAGCGUGUGCCAGCCGGGGAGCAACCUGCUCGCCGCCGGCUACUGCAUGUACUCGAGCUCGGUCAUCUUCGUGCUCACCAUCGGGACAGGGGUGUACGUGUUCACGCUGGACCCGAUGUACGGCGAGUUCGUGCUGACGCAGGAGAAGGUGCAGAUCCCCAAGGCAGGCAAGAUCUAUGCCUUCAACGAGGGCAACUACGCGCUCUGGGACGACAAGCUCAAGAGCUACAUGGACAGCCUCAAGGAGCCCGGGCCGUCCGGGAAGCCAUACUCCGCGCGCUACAUCGGCAGCCUCGUCGGCGACUUCCACCGCACGCUGCUCUACGGCGGCAUCUACGGCUACCCCAGGGACCAGAAGAGCAAGAACGGCAAGCUGCGGCUGCUGUACGAGUGCGCGCCGAUGAGCUUCAUCGUCGAGCAGGCCGGCGGCAAGGGCUCCGAUGGCCACCAGAGGAUACUUGACAUCAUGCCUACGGAGAUCCAUCAGAGAGUGCCGCUGUACAUCGGGAGCGUGGAGGAAGUGGAGAAGGUCGAGAAGUUCUUGGCUUGACUGCAAGUUUCAUAUACGGGGGUGUUUCUAAAAAAAAAAGUAUUGUAACUAAAUUAUAAUAUAUUUGUAGAAAUUUUCUUUUCUGAUGGCGAAUUAAUUAAACCCAUUGUGAAGGAUUUCAUCCCUA